GUAAAAAUAGCUGCGCCGGAGUGAAAGUUCAUGACCUCGCAUUUGGAAAAUUAUUUAAUCAUGGCAAACGAUUUAGGGCUCAGUGAGGCUGUUUUGCGCAACUCUAUGUCAGAACAUGAGUUAAAUGGUAAUAACGAUUUCAAUCAGGAAGAGGUUAAACCAAGAUGGGGCCCGCAACACGCAGGAGCGAAGGAAUUGGCUAGCCAAUAUACAUCAGGCAAGAGACUGCAGGAAACCGUUUGUUUCAUAGUCACUAUAGCUGCCAUGGCCUUCAACUUCGUGCAGUUGAUGAUACAUUUUACAAGUGAAAAUUGGAUCAUAAUUGUUGGUGCUGCCUUGUUGGGAAUAUUGUCGGCAGACUUUCUUAGUGGACUGGUACAUUGGGGAGCAGAUUCGUAUGGCUCUGUUGAAAGUCUCUUUGGAAAGUCAUUUAUACGACCAUUCCGGGAGCAUCACAUAGAUCCCACAUCCAUUACGAGGCAUGACUUUAUUGAGACAAAUGGUGACAAUUUUGCGGUGGUAAUGAUUCCAUUACUGGCCAUGGCAUACAAAUUCUGCACACUCAGCAAUGUGGAAAUACAACAGACGUACAAUUGGCAGAUGUAUAUAUUUUUAUUGGCAAUUUUUGUCAGCCUUACAAAUCAGUUUCACAAGUGGUCUCAUACAUAUUUUGGCCUUCCGAAGUGGAUUACCACAUUACAGGAUCUUCACAUCAUUUUGCCACGCAAGCACCAUCGUAUCCAUCAUGUUGCUCCCCAUGAUACAUACUUCUGUAUCACAACAGGCUGGCUCAAUUAUCCACUAGAAAAGAUCGGUUUUUGGACCAAAGUUGAGGCCUUGAUAGAAAUAUGCAGCGGACAUAAACCCAGAGUUGACGAUCUAAAAUGGGCAAAGAAGCUAUAGUUUCUAUGUCAGUCUGUCUGUCUGUCUGUGUUACUGUCUAUAGGAUUUUAAAAAAAAAAUUCAAAUCUGUGAGCCAUAUGAUCAAAUUUGUCUGUCUGUCUUUCUGUCUGUGAGAUUUUAACAAAUUCUUCAAAUAUGUCAGUCAUGGGAGCGAAUUAAUUGUACCGUUAAUUACGGUAUAACUUUGAUAUAGUUAACCAGUCAGGAUGUAAGUACUCGAAUCCCUCUGGGGUUGUACCAAUCUGGCCAGAUUGUUGAGCCUCCGGCUGGUUAACCCUUUACUCCAUACAGAUACAAUAGUAUUGAUUAUUGAUACCCAAUACACUCAGUAGCAUUAUCUGUACACUAUCUCCAUACAGGUUAUUGGAGAAAAAUGCAAAAUUUAUACCUGUGUUACUCAGAUCAAAAUUAGUCUAUGAAUACUUGUUUUAACCAUUUAGUGUCCAACAUAAUUUAUUUUCAGAAUUAAAUUUCCUUUCUGAUGGUAUAUUUUUCAUAAUUUUGUGAUAAAUAUU